UAAGAAAAAAGUGGGAAAGAUACAUUUAUGUUAGAGUUAGGACAGCGCAGAGAGUAGACAGCAUCCAUCAACUGCGUGAACUGCAGAUAAGGGCUUCCUCAUCUAUCAUCAUCAUCAUUCAUGCGCCACCACCGCCGUUAAAUUUCUCUUUUUCCAGUUCCGGAUACUGCUAAUAUGAAGAACAGUUGGUUUUUUGACAAGAAUUUUAAUGGUGUGUCGGAUGAGAUUCUUGGUGACGUCGUUGAGUUUUUCGAUUUUCCACUUGAAGAUGUGGAAACGGAUGGUGUGGAACAAGAUUGGAAUGAUCAAUUCAAACACCUUGAAGAACCAUCUCUUGGUGUUUUUUCAAUACCAUCAUUUGAGCUACACGGCGAAACUCAAUAUGAGAAACCAAAGCUUGUGAACAAUUUCUCUGCUGCUGAACUUUCUCAUAUUGACAGAAGAAAUGUUGUGAAUUCAAGCUUAAAAGAUCGACGAGGACUACUUGGAAAGACUGCUGGACCGGCAUAUGGCAAAACUAUUCCCAUCCAAAAUGUCUCCUUCAAUGGAACAAAUUUACGCGGAUGCCGAACCUACAGCCCAGUUUCAGUUUUUGAAAGCAGCAGUUAUUCCUCGGUGGAGAGUUACAACUUUGAAUUACCAGUGAUCCCGGCAAAGCGUCCUCGUGGUAAACGCCGGCGCCUCUCAAGCUUCGACAGGCUAUUCUCAAUUCCAUUCAUACCUGCUUUUCAAAAGCAGCAAUCGGAUAAACAGCGUGCUGGUAAAUCAUUAUGCAGAGCCCAAAAAAGGCCAAGGAAAGACGAUACCUCCCAGCUCUCUGAUAGCAUUGAGACGAAGAGAUCAUCGUUACAUGAAUCUAUUGCUCCUAGAAAAUGUACGCAUUGCGAGGUAACUGAAACACCACAAUGGAGAGAGGGGCCUAAGGGUCCUAAGACCCUAUGCAAUGCUUGUGGAGUUCGAUACAGGUCUGGUCGCCUAUUUCCUGAAUAUCGGCCUGCAGCUAGCCCAACCUUUGAAGCAUCAGUGCACUCAAAUUCUCACAAGAAGGUCUUGGAAAUCAGGAAAAAGGUUAAUCAGGAGACUGUUAAAGGUUCUUCUAUGUUGUAUUUAUCAUCAAACCUUUCAGGAAUUCUCUAGGAUAAUAUUAUGUUAGAUAUUAUUGAGAAAGAACAAAUGUUAGUACUAGACAUUAUUCUAUUUGUUCAUUGUUAAUCUUUUUUAUAAGUAGGAUUCGAACUCGGUAUCUGAGGGCUUACAACACUCACACUGUGCAAGUAUUUGUUAGUUGUUAUUUUAGUACAAGGACAUGAAAGAUUGAACUGUAGAAUGACAA